AUGGAGCGGAGGGAGCCGAAACAGCAGCAAAUGGACGAGCGGGCAACGAAGCACAAGGAGACGGGGGAGGGCGUGUCGAGUCAGCAGCAGGACAACGCGGCAGAGGAGCGUCUGUGGAAAAGGAAGGAGGUGGAACGAGAGGAUGGGGAGAGUGUGAGGAAAGAGGAUGAGAAGGACGACAAGGUUGAGAAGGAAAAGGGGAAGAGGAGGGAGGAGGAGGAGCGGCAGGCCGAGGGGAGUGCUGAGCGAGAUGCGCAAUGGAAGAAGAGGGAAGAGGAGAUCAGGAGGAGAUUCGAGGAAGAGUUUAGGGCGAGAAUAGAGGAGUUGGAGCGGCAGUACCAGCAGCGGCCACAGCAGCAGCAGCACCAGCAGCAGCACCAGCAGCAGCAGCAGCACCAGCAGCGGGCACAGCAGCAGCAGCAGCGGCAAAAGAAUGAUGUUUUUGGUCCCCCGCCCCCGCCUCCUCCAAAUGGCGCUUCAGCAAGCGAACUUGCUUCGUUCAACGCCCGGCUGCGGGAGUGGGAGGCUCGUGUGAAAGCUGCUCUUGCUGCGGCACAGAAGAGGAUCUUGCGUACUGAGGGAGAGGUGACAAAGAAGAGGAAGGCGGAGGAGUGUCAGAGAAAGGCUGAGGAGGUGAAGAGAAGCAAGGCGGAGGGUGCGCGGAGGAAGCGGGAGGAGGCGAAGCAGGCUGCUGAGAUGAAAAGGGCGAAGGAGGAGGAGAGGACGAGGGUUCAGGCGGAAAAGAAGAGGGUGAAGGAGGAGGAGAGGAAGAGGAAGGAGGAGGCGAAGAUUAAGGAGGAUCUGAGGAAGAAGGAGGAAGAGACGAGACAGAAGGAGGAGAAGAAGAGGAAGGAGGAGCUGAGGAGGAAGGAGAAGGAGGAGAGGGAGAUGGAAGAGGAGAGGAGGAAGGAGGAGGAAAGGCGGGCGCAGGAGGAAGCGAAGAGGGAGCAGGAGAAGAGGCGGGCGCAGGAAAAGGAGACGGAGAGGGCAAGGAAGGAGGGGGCGGCAUUCGAUGAGAAGUUGGAGCAGCUGGAGGAGGAGUGUCAACGGCGGCAAGCAGGUGCGCCAAUGACCUACGAGAAAUACUCAAGCAAGAUGACUCAGCUCCGGAAGCAAGCAGUCAGCGUUGGUGCCGCCAGCAGCCGCACCCCUGGCACCAACCCACUCCACUUUUGGGACAUCCCCUGGCCGCCAGCAGGCAACUGCCUGUUCCUCGCCCCUGGGGAUUCACUUGAGCUGAAGAGGAGGAAGGCGAUGGAUGCGCUACUGUUCUGGCAUGCGGAUAAGUUCGUGGAGUGCUGUGGGAGACGGCUGGUGGCAGGGCAUAGGGAAGCGGUGCUGAGGAAGGCGGUUGGGGCGGUGCUGUUCUGGCAUGCGGAUAAGUUCAUGGCGUGCUGUGGGAGAGAAGGGGAGGGGUGCGGUGCAGCUGGUGGCAGGGCAUAG